GGCUCCUGAGUGAUGGAGGAAAGGAAAAGGAAGGGAUGAAGGGAACAAGGAAAGGAGGCGAGGAUGCGAGGAGAGGGGGGAGGAGUAAAUCAGUGUUGGAGACUGACGCGGAAGGAGAAGCAGAGGAGGAAGAAGCAGAGGAAGAAGAAGGAGAAGGAAACCCCAAAAUGAAAGCCCCCCUCUUCACACUUGUUGAAUAACGUUUAUCUUCCAGUCUCGCAGAAGCAGCUUUUUCACCGUUUCCUCCCCGGCCUGCAGUGCCUCUUUUCCGGAUCCGGACGUGCAGGGCUGCAUGGCUGCGUGCUUUGACUGAAAGAAUCAUUUCAAAGAGACUUCACCCUGCAUCCAGCUCCACUGGGUCGAUAUUUGUCAUCUUUUAUUCAUUCGGCUUCCCGAGCAAAGGGAAAAGCUCCUGGAACCACACGGAGCUCGGAGAUCUGUCCCCGGGCUUUGGGUCUCUAUUCGCGGCGAGGAGGGGGAUAUCUCCAUAGUCAGAAGACUAAAAAAGGCUUGCAAACCGAGUAGCCGAGCACUGCCUUCCCUGGAAUACAUGCUGUGCUUUUAACAAGGUGGAUGGACGAUUAAUAUUUCAGGAGUUUGUAUUUUGGGGAACCAGAGAGGCGGGAGGGUCUGAUAAACACGCCGACUUUAGUGCCCUGUCCGCCGGGUAUAACCACUGGGUGGUACCGCUGUCUCCAAGCCGGGUGACUCUUCUAGAAAUCCCGUUUUACAGCAGUCUGCGUUGUUGUUGGAUCACAAAGUCGGGACACGCCUACUCUGUAUUUGUGGACCUUGGAUAAUUAUCUUCUGAGGACCGGGGGGAGCUCCAGGACUCACGCCGAGAAAGCAGCUCGGUCGCCGGGUGUGAUGUCUCGCCGCUGGGGGUGGAAUAUAUAUUUUUUAGAGCUCCAGGAGUUUUCUGCUCCACUUUAAGCUAAGACACACCCCGUGUUGUUGCACUGUUGUCGGUGUGUUGAGGAGGACAUGGCGGACUGCAGACCGGCGAACCCUGAGUUCACUGACAGCCGGACAUCGAGCCCUCUGGCCGGGAAGAAGCGGGCUCAGCAGUCCCCUGUUCCCCGGAACAAGCACCAGAUCCCGGAUCCUGGAGGACACUGCCUCCGCAAAGUCACCCUCACAAAGCCCACCUUCUGCCACAGCUGCAGCGACUUCAUCUGGGGGCUGGUGGGCUUCCUGUGUGAAGUGUGUAACUUCAUGUGUCACGAGAAAUGUCUGAAGACGCUGCGCUCAGCCUGUUCCUGCAUGACCCCGUCUCUGGUGCUGGUUCCUGUCUCUCACUGCUUCGGCCCGGCGGGUCAGAAGAAGCGUUUCUGCUGCGUCUGCAGGAAACAGACGGAGGGAAACACGGCGCUGCGCUGCGAAGUGUGUGAGCUGCACGUGCACGCUGACUGCUCUCUCUUCAGCUGUGCAGACUGCCGCAGCUCUCAGGUGGACGGCACGCUGCAGCAGGAUACGUUCCACCACCACUGGAGGGAGGGGAACCUCCCGGCGGCGGCGCGCUGCGACGUGUGUCGGCGCUCCUGCAGCUCGUCUGACGUGAUGACAGGGACGAAGUGUGAGUGGUGCGGCAUCACGACUCACGUGGCAUGCUACCUCAGCGUGCCAGCAGAGUGCACUCUGGGUCGUCUGCGCGGCAUGAUGCUUCCUCCCUCCUGCGUCCGCCUCAACUCCAGAAACUUCAGCAAGAUGCACCUGUACCGAAUCACAGAGAGCCCGGAGCAGG